GAGGGUGACAGUGGGACCGGGGAGGCUGACCUGUGUGCUGGUCUUGGCACUUGUGCUGGCUCUGGGGUCCCGGCCACAGGAACAGCCACCCAGGGAGUUCCACAACCUCAACUGGAACAAGUUUUCAGGGUUCUGGUAUAUUCUGGCUGUCGCCUCUGAGGGCCGAGGCUUCUUGCGGGGCAGAGACAGGAGGAAGCUGGGGGCGUCCGUGGUGAAGGUUCACAAAGCCGGCCAGCUGAAGGUGGUCCUGGUCUUCAGCAGGUCACAGGGGUGCCAGUCACACACGUUAAUUCUGCGGAAAGAUAGGAAAAAGGCGAUAUUCAGGAAUACUUGUGCGUACGACGUCCCGGGGCCUGGAGAGAAAGACCUGGGGGUGAAGGGGGUGGAGGGCUUCCACGUGCUGUCCACCGACUACAGCUACGGCGUGGUCUGUGUGCGCCUGGGCCGGGCUGGCCGGACCUCCAAGACCCUGCUGUUCUUCAGCAGAGAGAACACGUCCAGCUUCCCGAGCAUGAGAAAAUUCGUGGACGUAUGUGAGAUUUUGGAGGUUGCAAACGGUGUGACGGUUCUCCCGAAAGACGCCUCCUGUGCGCACGCCAUCCUGCCCUGAGAGCCAGCCUUCCACUCGUCCACCCGCUCUUUCCCGCGGGGCUGCAGCUGCGGUCCACCUAGAUGCAGGAGCUUUGUUAGAAGUUGCUGGUCUUCACCUCCAGCGGCUUGUUGAGACACGUUU